CCACUGCUGAAAUGCAACAUUCUUUAUAAACUGGACUGUCAAAUGCUUUCAUAACUGUUAGCAAAUGAGGCCUAUUUGAUUUCUAGCGUUCUCACGCUAUACCCCAAAAGCUUUAAAAUGGGUGUUGUCCCGUUUCCUACCGUUGUUAAAUGUUUCCAUUUGUGUUAAAAAAGCCGUUUCAGGAUUUACUCUGGGGCUGAUGUUGCUCAGUUGUGUUUCUGUUUCUCUGUUACACCCAUUGCCUCUAAUUCUUUGGGCAUGUGAUGCAAGACUCAAGGCUUGUUUAAGAAGUGAACAGACUUGUACACAACCUACGCAACCUACAAUAAGACAAAAUGAGAGGGAUUUACAUCAUCUUGCUGUGUUUCAUUUUUGUCUGCUGCACCUCAACUAAGAAGAUGCGCUGGUGCACAGUGUCCGAUCCUGAACAGAGGAAGUGUGCAGAGAUGGCGAAAGCCUGGCUGGCUGUGCUGCCUCCAGCCACUGUAAACGCUUUUGCCAGACUUUCUUGCAUCCGUGCAAUCAGCCUGACUGACUGCAUCAACAGGGUCACGGCUAAUCGUGCAGACAUGGUGACACUAGACGCGGGAGGUGUUUACUCUGCGAUGAAGCAAUUCGGCCUCACAGCUGUCGCCAAGGAGAUAUACAGCGAUGGAGGCUGUGUUUUGUCUGUGGCUGUGGUGAGAAACAGCAGCUUGGGCAUAAGGUCCCUUCGGGGUCUCAGGAGCUGUCACAGUGGCCUCCGAUGGACGGCCGGGUGGAGUCUUCCGCUUGGGUUCCUGCUGUCCCGCAACUACCUGAGCUGGUCGAAGGAGAGGCCGCUCGCAAAGGACGUGAGCAGCUUUUUCAACGCCAGCUGCGUUCCCGGAUCUGCUGCCGUGGCGCCACAUCUGUGUGCUCUGUGCCGAGGCCAGAAGUCUUACGUACGCCAAAAAAAUUACCACUGUGAGACGUCUCACAGCGAACCCUUCUACAACAGCCAUGGUGCCCUCAGAUGUCUCAAGAGUGGUGCAGGAGAUGUUGCAUUUGUGGACCAUUUGGCACUUGAAAGUAUUGAAAACAGUGAAAAAGACAAGUUGAGAUUAUUGUGCACAGACGGCACCCAAGCGCCACUCAGUCGUUACGACACAUGUAAUCUGGGUAGCGGUCCAGGAGCGGCCGUGGUCACCCGAUUGAGCUUUCGCAAGAUGGCUCGCAAAUUUCUUCUUACACUGCAGAUGCUUUUUGGCCGUCAAGGGCGUGAGAGGCAUCGCUUCCAACUCUUCGACUCAUCUUCUUUUGGGGAAAGAGACCUCCUUUUCAAAGAUGCCACAGCCAAACUAGUUGCUCUGCCAGAUGGCGUGGACGUCAGUCAGGUGUUGGGACUGGGUUAUAUUACACUGCUCAAAGGUCUUGGACAUGAAGGAAGCUCGCUGGAGGACAGUGUUGUGCGGUGGUGCUGUAUCAGCCACGCAGAGCAGACAAAAUGUGAGCAGUGGGCUCUGAGUAUAGAGUCAGACCCGCUGGUGUGUGUUAGAGGGGCCUCCAUGCAAGACUGUGUGGAGAAAAUUAAGGAAAAUGCAGGUGCCAUGGUGACAGCAGUUGAGAACCACUGGCUUAUUAUAAUCUGUUCACCUGGAGAUUCCGCUAAAUGUAUUCAACUCUGCGCACAGAGGGAUGAGGUGGACGCUGUCUCACUAGACGCAACUCAUGUAUAUAUUGCAGGGAAAUGUGGCCUCGUUCCAGUUGUAACGGAAUAUUAUGGUAAAGAUAGAGAAUGUAUCGCAACUGAAGUAUCUGCUGACCAAAACACAGAAGUGUUGCCCUCAGUUGUGGGCGUGGCAGUCGCCAAGCGGUCCAGCAGGAUUAUCGCCAUGGGCAACCUUGCCGGUCGUCGCUCCUGCCACGGCCACAUGUACAGUCCCGCGGGGUGGCUGCUGCCGCACGCGCAAACGCUCAGCCAGCAGCACAACAACAGCAGCACAACUUGUGAUCCAAACCAAGUGUACAGCGCCGUGUUUUGGAAAGGAUGUCUUCCUGGCUCGCAGGGGAAUCUGUGUAAAGUGUGUCUGGGAGGCACAGGAGAGGCUACAACCAAACGCUGCGCUGACAACCACAAUGAGCGUUACUAUGGCAACAUGGGAGCUUUGAGGUGUCUGGUUGGCGAUCCCAGUGGCAAAAGCUAUGGCGAUGUGGCCUUCCUUGAGCAGCACAACCUUCAAGACAAUAUUCUCAGUUUGAAUUCCUCUGGUUGGGCAGAAGGGUGGACGUCAUCAGACUUUGAGCUGCUGUGUGGAGACGGACGUCGGGCCUCGUUGUCUGAGUGGGAGAGCUGUCAUCUGGGCGUCAUCCCGCCAAACACGGUCAUGACUCGGCCGGUGCUCACGGCACGAGUUUACGACUUCCUCAUGAAGUCUGAACAAACACUGGCGGCCAAUCCAAGCUCUGAGUUUAAGCUCUUUGAGUCUCGCGGCUAUGGCGAAAGUGAUUUGCUGUUCAAAGAUGCGACACAGUGUUUUGUCCACACAAGCCACAUGGAUUGGCGCUCCAUCCUGGGAGAGGAGUUUUACAACCGUGUGGAAGCUGCCUUCAACUGCACCCAAUCUGCAGACAUUUUGCGGUUCUGCAGUCAGGACGUGUGCAGUGCAGUCUAAUGGACACCAAGAAUCAGUCCAAUAAUUUUGAUUAACCUAUUUCUUGUGUCAAGUACUUUAAUGAAAGCCUGAAUCUGGAAGUACAACAAAUCACAGGAUGUGUUACAGAUAUGGGUUUCUCUUCAGGUGAUACCGCUGUGUUGUUUCAUAAACAAGCUCAUUAUGUGAUGUAUUAAAGAAUACUGUACAAAUGAAGGUAUUGAUCCAUUUUUAUACAAAAACUGAAGAAAAUGUCUACAUUGUUACAAUCUGGAUGACUGAUAACCGUAUACUGCUAAAAGUGAAGCAAUGACUACCGCUGUAUAAUAUAAAUUUAAACUAUGUGUAUUAUUAAAUCUAUUUUCAUCCUUUAAAUGAUCUCAUACUUUUGGUUGGAAUAAAACAUUUCAUUCUUA